ACAUUACCCCCUUAAAGUUUAUAUAAAUAGACAAAGUAAGUUAGUGCCCAUGCUUAUUUUGAUUUAUAUUUUUGGAAGCGCACGUCACGCUCUGGAGCUGAUAAGCUGUGUAUUUGUAUUUGAUAAUAGCAACUAAAUAUAUGUAAAUGAAAUUUAAAUAAAUACAAACAAUUCGCUCAUCAGUUGUGUAUACACAUAGAAUGAGCAUGAAGAUCAUAUGGACGCUCUCGUUGCUGCUGCUAAGCAGAGGAGCAGUACAUGGCCAGAACUGCGAGCAACCAAACUGCGGUUACUUGGACGAGGAGCAACAUGCAAACUUUACACACAUAACUGGCAUCAAUGAAUUUGCUUGGAUAGGACGUUUGGGCUAUGAGUCUGCUCGUGGCAUUAACUACAAGUGUCUGGCUGUAUUAAUCUCUGAGCAACAUUUGCUGGCGCCUGCGCAUUGCUUCAAUGAGGCAAUGCUAGAGGAUCAGCCGCUGCGUCAUGUGCUGCUGGGCGAUUGGAAUCCAACAAAUCCAUUUAUGCAGCCAGACUGCAGCGCACAAACUAAUUGCGCUGCAAUUCCACAGCUGUUCAGCAUAGCUGAGGUCAUCAUACAUCCAGAUUAUCAAGCCUCAACGUUGCUCAACAAUAUUGCGCUACUAAAGCUUACACAUGCUUUGGACUUUAGUGAGAGCAUUAGAGCUAUUUGCUUGCCACCUUAUAGAGGCAGCAGCACUAGCUACGCGCACUUUGCUCAGUUCCUCAGCUAUGCAGGCUUUGCUGUCGACAAAUCUCUGCCCUUUAAGCUCAAAGGACUCAUGCAUGUGGCUGGCACCAGCGCCUGCAAGCGCAAGCUGCGUAAUCUCAAUUAUAUCACCGCCUCACGUGAUUCACCUCUGAAUCAUAUCUGUGCUAAUAGCAAUCUAGAUGCACAAAUAUUUACGGGCGCACCGCUAAUGGAUGUGCAGGUGAGAGACUCUGAGCCUAGCAAUUACUAUCUCGUAGGACUGCUAGUUGGACCCGAUAGAUACACGGGCAGUGAGACGGUUAAUCUCUUCAUGCGCAUUCAGCCGCAUCGAGAAUGGAUUGAGUACAAUAUGCUUUGCAAUUCAACAGCAGCAACAGCAACACCAACAACAGCAGCAACAACAACAACGCCAAGAACUACUUCAACAGCAACUACUCCAAGAACAACUACAACUCCAUCAGUUGAGGCGCGGUUAACGCAAUAUAAUCGCCUCGUAUUCCAUUAAUUGUUAUUAAGUUUGAUAAUGUUUGAUUUAUUUUACUCAAGCGAACUAAAUAAUUAGCAAUCAAACUACUAGAGUUACUAUAAAUACCUCUAAGAAUUCAAUUCCAUUAAAAGCAAAGUGUUGUUUGCCAAAAGUUGAAUGCACUCAACUUAAUAA